AUGGAAAAAUGUGCCGCUGAAACAUUAGAAGAUCUUUUAGAUGCUGAGACUCAACUUGGUGCAUUUCAUCACAUGUAUCUACAACAUUUAUCUGAUUUCGAUUUGAGUAUUGAAAUAUCUGCAAUAACGCAUCUGCAUGGUUAUGAUGGUUCUAAAGCAGAUCAUAUGAUUGUUAUUGUUCAUUUAUCUAAAGCAUAUUGCCAUUAUACAACUUUAAUUAAUUCACAUGAAGGAUUACAAUCAGUAAAAAAAGAACAACCAGCAAUAUAUCCAAUUAUUUGCGCAUUAAUAGAUUUUUACUUUGUAAAUACAGUCUUAAACCAAUCAGGAGAAUUUCUUAUAGAUGGAAAUUACACACCACACCAUAUUUCGCUUUUAAAACAAGAACAAAAGAAACUAUUAAACAUUAUUAGACCUGAAGCUAUAGGUUUGGUUGAUGCGUGGGAGUUUAGUGAUAAUGAUUUAAAUAGCGCAUUAGGAAGAGGAGAUGGGAAUGUUUAUAAUGCUUUGUAUGAAUGG